UAGAGAAAUGACGCAAAGAGACGGGUCACUUUCACUUCCCUCAACAGAAAGCUUCAGCACACUGUCUUACAUUGUUUGGAAAGUAGCUUUAGUUUACAAUAGUGACAUUUAACUCCUGUUAGUUCCUUUCAACAUUCAGCUUUUUUAAAGGGCGGUGUCACAGCACCUGGCGUGGACGCGACUCACUGGUAGGAUUCAUGCCGUUAUACGUGCAGCACGCUUACAGGUCGCUUUUUCUGAGCUGGAUCACAGAGUAUUCAAACAAAGCUAAUGACGCAACAAGCAGCGGUUAUUUCCAAUUUUGAAACUUUUAGUUGACUGAAAGACUGACGGUCUGCAUUUCAGCACUAAAUUUUACGCGAAUGGUAUUUAUCAGCUUUGAUAGCUGAUAAUAAAUUGGAAGAAAGAAGUGUCAAUGCCGCGGGUGUGUCACAACAGGAGGUGUCGAAGGAUUUCGGAAACAGCUGAGGUCUUGUGUUGUGUUAUCACAGAGGUGACUACCCUGCAGUAAAUAUGGGUCAGGUAGAAGAAGCCAACGUGUCGUGUCUGAACGUCCUGACCUGCCACAGAGAGCUUCUGGUGUCCAAGGUGAGGAGCAUUCAAUGUAUCCUGGACAACCUGUUAGCAUGUGGCUUCCUCUGUGAAGAAGAUGUUGAGAUCGUACAGCGAACCGCCACCAAGACAGAUCAGGUGCGCAAAAUCUUGGAGCUAGUCCAAUGCAAAGGGGAAGAGGCCAGUGCAUACUUAAUUUACAUCAUAUAUAAAGUAUGUGAUGCAUACAUAGAUCUCCGGCCAUGGUUGAAAGAGAUAAACUACAACCCAAGUGAAGAUAUGAUGGUGAUGAAGGUGGUUAACACAGAUCCCAUCAGCAGGUAUAAUGAGAAGAUGAGGCAAGAAAUGAGCCGGGACACCAGCUUCAUCAUGUCGUACAGACAGCAAGAAGAGACCCGGCUGGAGGACCUCUACACCGACACACUGAUGGAACUGUUGAACGACUGCAAUGAAAGUAUGGGCUUCUUGGAGAGUCUGGACCAGCUCCUUGGGGAGCAUGCAGUCUUCAAUCCCCAGGGUGAAACCAUUUAUGUAAUGGGGGAUGCCGGUGUGGGAAAAUCAAUCCUCCUGCAGAAACUCCAAAAUCUGUGGUCCAAGAAUGAGCUGCAGACAGAUGCCAUCUUCUUCUUUAAGUUCCGCUGUAGGAUGUUCAGCACCUUCAAGGACACAGAGCAGAUCUCCCUCAGAGACCUUUUGUUCAAAUACAACUUCUACCCAGACCACGAUCCUGAUGAUGAAGUGUUUGAUUACAUCUUGCGCUUCCCUGAGAAGGCUAUUUUUACGUUUGACGGCUAUGAUGAGAUUCAGGAGGAUCUAGACCUGAUGAAUGUUCCUGAAGUAGCGUCACCGGAGGAGAAGGCACAUCCUCUCCAGUUGCUUCUCAGUUUGCUCUGUGGGAAACUACUCAAGGGCUCGCAGAAGGUGCUGACAGCCCGGACAGGGAUCGAAAUCCAGAGCAGGGUGAUCAGAAAGAAGGUGGCUCUCCGGGGGUUCUCCCCAGCUCAUCUGAAGACCUACGUUGAUCUGCACUUCAAGGAGAAGGAGCAGCGAGACCUGGUCUCAGUUCAGCUGGAUGCUAGCCCCCACCUCUGCGGCCUGUGCUCCACCCCCCUGUUCUGCUGGAUCGUAUUCAAGAGCUUUACGCACCUGCAGACCAUGCAUGAUAGUUUUCAGCUGCCUGACACCUGCAUCACACUCAGUGACAUCUUCCUCCUGCUGUCAGAGGUGUUCCUCAGCCGCUCAGCAUCACCCACUCCAUCUCUGCUGAAGAAAAGAACUCGCUGUGCCUCAGAGACAUUCAAAGCAGGGCUCAGGCCCCUCACAGCAUUUGCCAAGCUUGCUCUACAGGGUAUGGAGAGAGGUAGCUUCAUUUGUGGCCAAGAGGAGAUUACUGCUUGCGGCUUGACAGAGGACGACCUACCACUGGGCUUUCUUAGAGCUGUUAGUGAGUAUGAUGCCAGCGAAAGCCCUGCUACCUUUGAAUUCCUCCAUAUGACUCUGCAGUCUUUCUUGGCGGCGUUUGCUCUUGUGUUGGAUGAAGAGGCUGCUGCCAGCUCCAUCCUCAAGUUCUUCACAGAGUGCAGCAGGAGGAGGGAACGCUCCUGUCUGCCUUUUAACUUCUGUAUUAGUGGAUCUUCAAAGCCCAGUGAAAAGAAGCCGUUUACUACUAAUGAACACCUUCAGUUUACUAAUCUGUUCUUGUGUGGACUGCUGUCCAAAGCUAACAACAGCCUGAUGCAGCAUCUGGUCUCUCCUGUGUUACUAAAGAAAAAACGGAACUUACUAAAGUCAUACCUCUCCACCAGUGUGAAGUCGCACCUCCAGGGCUUACCCCACCACAUGAGUGAAGAGGGCAAGAAAGUUCAUGUUCUGCCCAACUUCCUGUGGAUGCUGAGGUGCAUCUUCGAGACGGGGAGCAAAGACAUCGCUCAGAUGACAGCCAAAGGCAUCACAUCCAACUUCAUCAAGAUGGGUCACUGUAACGUGUUUUCAGGUGACUGCACCGCCCUGAACUUUGUACUGCAGCACCGUCAGAAGCUCCUGGGGCUCGACAUGGACAACAACAAUAUCAGUGACUAUGGGAUGAAGCAGCUAAGGCCAUCCUUCUGUAAGAUGAGAAUAGUGAGAUUUUGCGUCAAUCAACUGUCAGACAUCAGCAUUGAGAUUCUUGCAGAGGAGCUGUGCAAGCAGAAAAUUGUGGAGGUCUUGGGGCUUUACAGCAAUAACAUCACAGAUGUCGGAGCCAAGCUAAUUGCUCAGAUAGUUGAGGAAUGCCCAAAGCUGAGAGUUCUCAAGCUUGGUAAAAACAAGAUCACCAGUGUUGGUGGGAAGUAUCUGGCCAGUGCAAUUCAGAAGAGCAAGAGCAUAUUUGAUGUGGGAAUGUGGGGGAACACCAUCGGUGAUGAGGGAGCAGAAGCAUUCGCGGAAGCUUUGAGGCACCACCCAAGUCUUACCAAUCUCAGCCUCUCAGCCAAUGGCAUCACAUCAAAAGGCGCAAAGAUCCUGGCAGAAGCACUGAAAGAGAACAGCUGCCUCAGGAUAUUCUGGUUGGUGCAGAAUGAGAUAUGUGAUGAUGCAGCUCCAUACUUGGCUCAGUUGGUCCAAGCAGACACUGGUCUAAGCCACCUCUGGUUAAUCAAUAACCGCUUCACUGUGGACGGGAUGAAACACUUCGCUGAGGCCCUUUCUCACAACACAGCACUUAAAGAGAUAUGUGUGAAAGGAAACCAGAUCUCUGAAGAGGAACAGAAACAGUUUGUGGAAACGAAAAGGCUGCGAUUUUACUGACCGGGCACUAAUGUGGGAAGGAGCCAUGUGCACAAGUUGAAUAAUUGCUGCAUGAUAGAGAAUAUCUAGCAUGUGUUCACUGCAUGCGAAGUGGUAGUAUUAGCUUAAGCUAAUAUGCUACACUGUAUGAUUUUACCUGGUUGCACCUGUUUGGACUGCUGAGAACACAAAGUCACACUUUGUGCUGUAAUGGAAACACUGUAUAUUUAUCACUAGUUGAGGAAUCUUUUUUUUGCUUUUUUUUGAAUGUCUGUUUCAGUUUUCAUAUGGGGGAUGUUUACCUGAAAUUUUUCCCAAAUGUUUGGCAGUUUUACAUGUCUGUUACAAAAAAAAGGAAGUGGAAGCACUGUUAACAAGAAAACAAUGACUUCCUUCUUCAUUACCACAUUCAUAGAUUUAAGGCACAUUGUUUUGUUUUGUUUGAAUAUAUGAACAAUAACUUUACAUUAUUUAUGAUUUUACUAUUACUUGAGGUGCUGUGUGUUACAUGUGUUAAGGUGUACUUCAGUCUGAACACAACAGCAUAAUUAUAAUGUUUACUGUUGGGAUUCCAGUUGCCAGUGUAUCAACUCCCCCCCCCCCCCAUGGAUUCAGACAGCGCUGGCGGUGAAAAGGCUGACGGCCUCUGGUGACAUGGGACACUUAGUGUAUAUGAACAAAACAUGGAGCUCAGUUAAUCAUGCUGCUAGUCUUUCCCUCUAUAGAGCUUUUUCACAGCAGACAUUUGACUCGUAGCAGGAAAAGCACAGGUGUCACUAAUAAAAUAUGUGUUCCAGUCACAUGACAGUGAACCAGCAGCAUUGCCCUGACACUGACACACCUACGUAGAAGGCAGCCAUAACUCAUGUUGCAAAUUCCUCCUGUACUUUCUCUGCUAUCACAUGUUAAAAUGUCUGCUGUGAAAAAGUCAGUUUAUUGUGAUUCAAUACAAUGUACUGUAUGAGGCAGCUCCUUCCUGCUUAGUCAUCCAAAGCACACAGCAAAUCACUUAUCAUCAUCCACCCUUUAAAAGAGUGUUUUAGUAUUGCACUUUCAUAAAGUUUAAGGAUUUGUGUAAAACGGAUUUAAGAGAGAAUAGUCAAACUUUAAGCAGCAAAGGCUGAGAUGUCCUGACCUUUAAUUCACACACUAUAAUAAUAACACACUAUCAUGUAGUUGUACAUGCUCUAGUAAUUUGAUAAAUUGAGCAUGUUGUACAAAAGGUGGACUUCCUGACUGAAUGUUCACUGAGCUCCAUGUCAUAUUUUUAUCUAGAAAAGUAAGUACAGUAGGACACCCAGCUGAUCAGACGGCUGGAUUUUUACUUAUAAAUUUGACUAGCUUCAAACACUAAAUAACACGGCAUAAAAAUAAGUAAAAGAUGAUUGGUAUCCAAAGGAAUCACUCCUAGCUGUUUUUGUACAUAGUCUUACAUAAAAGAAAUGUAUGUUUA